GAGACUGCUUUGAAUAGCUCCUGAAAUAGAGGCCACUGAAGCGUACGAGAGGGAAAGGCGAAAAAUGGCUUAGACAGAGUGGGGGUUUGUGUGUGCAAGCAACGCGAUAUGGGGCCUGUGUGAGAAACGUGUUUGCGAGAAAAGAUCUGGAGUGAAAGAAAAAAGAGCAAGAAAGAGCAACGUGAGGGACACAAACCCACAGAGAUAAGUGAGGGGGAGGAAUAGAGAAAGUAAAGCAGAUUGGGGCGGAGAAUGUCAGCGCGAGGCAAGCUCACAGAAUCUUAAAUCAAAGACAAGAAGAAAGCUGGUCAGGGUUCACUCUUCUUUCCUCUGCCUCAGUUAUAAAUAUAGUCCUCUAAAAGGAAAGCUCUUUUUGUAGAUAACUUUUUGUUUGUCCCCUCUAAUACUUUGUGGAUUGUUAUGAACCUUGGACUACUUUUAUGCUCGAUGAUACACCUUUCUUUAACCUGAAAGGAGCUAAGCUUUUUAAUUAAAAUAAAAUUGAGUAUUUUUUCUAAAGAUUUUCUUUUGUACGGGACUAUUGUUUGCCAUCAACAUGUGGUUUGGGAAGAAACUACUAAUGUUUGGGUUUGUGUGUGCGACGUGGAUAUCUGUCUCCAGAGAAUGUGGACUCGGUCAAACAUCAAUUAAUAACCGAUGUCAGGAUUAUGAUGAGUGUGAAGAAAAACCAUCUAUAUGUGGAAACAACUCAAACUGCAUCAACACGAAUGGCAGCUACUACUGUCAAUGCCUCAGUGGGUACAAGGGUAAUCAUGGAAAAACGAACUUCACAGCAGUGGAAGGACCGUGCAUUGAUAUCAAUGAAUGUACUGAAAAUCUACAUUCAUGCGGUCAUUUGGCUAUUUGCCAAAAUCAGAUUGGGAACUACAGCUGCAUCUGCAUGUCUGGGUACAUCAAGAACAGCAGUAGCCCUGGAAACUGUGAAGAUAUAAAUGAAUGCAAGGAAGCUGAAAUGAAAAACGAACACAUCUGUGGAGAGAAAGGCUCUUGUGAGAACACUAAUGGGAGUUAUUGGUGCAAAUGUGAAACAGGAUAUACCAAUUAUGGUAAUGAAAGGACCCAAUGCUCUAAGCUCAGCUGUGGCAGAUUCAGUGUGGACAACAAGCCUAUGCAAUUGCUCGGAGGCCUGGCAGACAUGUUGUCCAUGAUGAGAAACAGCUGUUUGACUCUGUCCAACCCCACCACUUCUGAUGAAAAGAAGGCUGAUGGAGAAGCGUUGCUAGAGAAACUUCUCACAGCGACCGAUUCGAUCCUGUCUCCUGGACCUGUGGACAGCAGUGAAGGUGUGACUGAGCUGCUCGGUGCUGUGGAGAACUCUAUUUUACUGAUUGGUCCUCAGCUAAUACACAACAAAACCAAGAUAGAGACCACCCAGACAGAUGCAGAGAUUGCUGUUCAAAGAGGAAUGACCCGACCAACUGGAGCAAUUCAUUUGACCAAUGACCAUGCUAGCCUCAGCACUGACUGGACGGCAGCAGCUGGGACGGGAGCAUAUCCAGGGUUUGCUAUGGCUGGAUUGUUGAGCUACAAGAACCUUGAGGGAUCUGUGAACAGGUCUUUUGAGGAGCUUGAACAACAAGAACCGGGACCAUCCUUCCAGAUCUUCUCCAAAGUUGUGUCUGUUGUGGUUUCUAACCCAUCCACUCAGAAUCUAAGCCACCCUGUCAACAUCACUUUCAGACAUCUACAGGAUAUAAAGGAGUCGCCGGAGCUGAGCUACAUCUGCGCCUAUUGGAAAGAGAAAGGUGCCUGGUCCACAGAUGGUUGCUCUCAGCAGCAGUCCAAUGCCACACACACUGUGUGUACAUGCAAACAUCUGAGCAGCUUUGCUGUGCUUAUGGCCCUUUACCCCAUGGAGCCGAACUUUGGACUGAUGGUGGUGACUAAGCUGGGACUUGCCAUCUCGCUUCUCUGUCUUAUUCUGAGCAUCCUGACAUUUAAGUUUUGCCGCUCCAUACAAGGGACCCGCACCACCAUUCACCUGCACCUCUGUAUCUGCCUCUUCAUGGCUGACCUCAUUUUCCUGGCGGGAAUUUCUCAAACUAAACCUGAGGGCGGCUGUAAGUUUGUUGCAGGGGCGCUCCAUUUCUUCUUCUUGGGUGUGAUCACCUGGAUGCUGUUAGAAGGAGUGCAGCUAUAUCGCAUGGUCGUCCUGGUGUUCAACGCCACCGUUCGGCCCCUGUACCUGUUUGCCGCUGGCUACGGCACACCUCUUGCUAUCGUCGUUAUAUCUGCCAUCAUAAGACCAGAGGGAUACGGAACUCCCCACCACUGCUGGCUGUCCCUCGACAAUGGCCUUAUCUGGAGCUUCUUUGGCCCUGUUUGCUUCAUCGUCAUACUCAACGUCUUUUUCUUCAUCAUCACUGUCUGGAAACUCGCCCAGAAGUUCGCCAGCCUAAACCCAGACCUCUCCAAGCUGCACAAAAUCAAAGCUUUCACAGUAACCGCCAUAGCCCAGAUGUGUAUACUGGGUCUCAUGUGGGUGUUUGGGGCCUUCCUGUUUCAAGCGGGCUUGCCAGCGGUGGAAUAUAUUUUCACAAUCCUAAACAGCCUGCAGGGUGCUCUGGUCUUUGUCAUGCACUGCCUGCUGUCUAAACAGGUGAGAGAAGAAUAUGCAAAUUUCUUCUCAUGUAUCUGCACACCACAAAAGAAGAGAUACUCGGACCUCAGCACCACCAAUCCCUCCAGCAGUCAGUCACAGGUACAGAAAGCCAUGCUGGAAAAUAAUGAGGAGAGGGGAGCAGCAAUACUUUGAACAAAACUGUGAAUCGAGAAUCGAAAGGGAUCUCGGACUGGACAGCACACAGGAGAAUCCCAAAUAUGAAGGUUAUGAUACUUCAAAGACAGACUAUUACACCUCCAGUCUGUUUUGGAUAAAGGUGUGACUCACUUCCAAUUGAAAUGUAUGAGUAAUCAAGUUUAUUACCUGCAAACCAGUUUAAAUUCUCUUCUGGUGUGUUGUUAAAUCAGUGACACCUCAAACUACCAUUUUGUGCCCACCAAAGGUUAAAAAACUGAAAGUCAGAAAAGGGGAGAGAGUGUAUAAAAUUGACGGACAUAGCUACUACAAAAUCUCCCCUUAUUAUGAGGAUUUGGCCGUUACGUUUGAGAUGCACAUCCUUGUGCUGAGAUUAUUUCAAACAGGACAAUAUUACCUCUGAAACUUAAGGAAAUAAUUUUCAAAAUUAUUUUCAUUAUUUGGUACUGAGGGCCUGCAGGUUGGUGUUUAUCUUUAGUCUCACAGGUUAGAUAUUUUGUGAGCUGCUGCAAUUAAUGUGGCUCUAGUUAUAACAUUUUAUUUGAAUAUUUUCAGAUAUUUUUUAUUUUGAGAUUUUUAUAGUUUAUUAAGCUAAUGGGACCAAUUUUAUAAAUUUUAUUUUAAUUUAUUAUUACUAUUUUGUAGAACUAAAAACCAUACUGUACCUAGAUCUAUUAAAGUAAGUAGUCUGGUAAUAUCUACCAGUCAAUAGUAAUACAGGCAAUUUUUUCAUUUACUUAAUUCUUUUGAGUAAAUAGUCUUCUUUGACAUUCCCUGAAGAUCAAGCUGUGUGAAAAAUGACAUUUUUAUUUAGGAGUAAAUGGUUCAAUUGGCAAAAAGAAACCAAAGUUAAAGUGUUUAUUCAUGAACUUUUUAGAUAAAAGUGAAACCACUUGAGUCACUCUUCAGUGGAUGGAGAACAUAUCACAAUCAUAUAAGCUGUAUUCCCUUCAAAGUGAUGGAAAAUUUGACUUGUUUUAUAUGUAUUUAUUUAAAAGUGCAAACAGUAGCAGUCUACUCUAUAUACAUACAGUAUGAGCACGAGCAAGUAGUUUGCACUGUAUUUUAUAUACAUGUUAAAUGUUAAAGUAAGGGUGGGUAUGCUUUUUGUUUACAUGAACUGUAUUUAACAGUAUGUUGUAAUGAGAAAGCAAAUGAAAGUUUCCAUGUGGCGUCCAGUUGUUGCUUUGGUUUCAAACAAAAUGAGUGAUUUUUUAAUCACUUGUGGCUAUCUUUAAGGGAUACAACUUGGUUUACAAUUGAGCUGUGCUCUUUUUUUUAAGUAGUAUAUUUGAUGAUUGUAGUUUUUAUUCUUGGUAUUGUAAACCAAGCAAACAAAUUUGGGACAAAAUGACUCUAUGGGCAAUUAACAAAAACAGACCCACCCUUCUGAUAAGCCUUCAGCUUCCUGCAAUCAAAUUGUUUAUCCAAUAAAUGUGGAUUUGUGUAAUGUGUUCUUAUUAUAGCCGUUUGCCUGUGCUUUCAUGCAAUGUUACUUACUGUAAGGUUGAAGUCUCAUCCCUGAAAUGAGAGCCUCAACAGUAAUGGGAUCUGUCCAGACAUGAGUUUGAAUAUUUUAUUGCACUUUUCUAUUGUAAAAAUGAUGAUCAGCACAUGUUCACUCAAAAAUCAUGAACACUUGAGGAGCAGUCUCUCUUAUAGAGCCUUGAAUGGAUAUUUUCAUAUCUCUAAAUUUACUAACAUGGGUAAAAAAAAAAAAAAAAGAUCUGAGAAAGAUGAUAACUGGAAAAAAAGGAAAGAUUUGGUUUUGUCUUACACUUUGUUGAGAUUUAAAUUCCUGAUAAUUGUUUUGAAUAGAUGAGCUAUUCUUGGCUUCAUAAGUGGGACUGCACUUUUUAUGAUCAUCAAAACCUCUGAUUUUAUUUGACGUUUUUUAUGUGAAAAAAGCAAAAUGCAUUUUGCGUUUUUUUGUGAAUGUAAAAAUCCUUGUUAUUAUGAUAGACUAUAGUUUUAUUUGCUUAUUUUUGUACUUUGUCUUGUAUACUAUUUGGUACUGUUUUUUCUGAAAAUAUUCACCACAAAAUUAAUUAAAGCUUCUACUUCAUCUGGAAAAUCUUCUUCAUGAAUGUUUUUGCUGACAUGAGUCUCAGUCAGUUGUUAGAAAGCUUCCGGAUGUUUAUGUAGACGGUAAUGCAAUUUUCCCACUGAGGGACUAAUAAAAGUUUUCUUAUUCUUAAUGUUAAUUUUAA